AUGCUCUCAAGCUCUGGCAGAAAAGUGGCUACAACGCUGAGUCAAGGGCGAUCAUUCGGGCCCGUGCUUCAAGCCGGGAGACAAAGGAAGGCAGCGGCAAUUCGCCUGCAGUGCCAGCUGCGGCGUUUUUUCGCUCGGAGAGAGGUGGACAGACGGAUCUCACAUGCUGCCCAGAGGAUCAGGGCCGCAACGUUCAUCCAGCGCGUGUACAGGGCCCGGGCGCUUCAGUGGAGCUAUGCGGUGAAGAGGGCUCAGCUUGCGCGCGAAAGGAAGAUAGCCAAGGCCAAACUCGGCUCCUCAAUUAAGCUCCAGGCAACCUGGCGGAUGAAGCAAGCGCGUUACGAAGUCGUUGUACGCCGGCGUGCGGUAUCGGACAUUCAGCGCUCCACAAGGGGUUUCCUCGGCAGGAGGCGUGCCGCAGAAAGAAAACACGCUUUGGUCACGAGAAUACAGAGGCAGUACAGGCGACAUCGGGAGCGAAUGGUGAUUCUGACUGCCCUCUUGGCCAUGCGGGCUUCCAGGGAGAAGAAGGAAGAAAGGGCUAGAGAAGUUGAGCGACGGUUCAGAGCCCUGGAGGAACAAAGACUUGGCAACACCAGUGGCAGUGAGGCCAUCGCCACUCCGUUAGACAAACGGAGAGCGGAGAGAGCACACAAGAGACUCCUUCGCAGCAAAACCAACCUCACAACGCCCGUCAGGUGGUGCUGCUAUCAAGUCAAAGACCGGCGCUUGUGGGUGGUCACCCAGCAGAACCAAGCUCCAAAGAAGCCAGACGUCGCCACCACCUCCUUCAUCGCCCGCUCUCAAGGCAGCGCUGAAGUGCGCACGAGGCGUCGGUGGCCGUUUGGGCACUCCUCUCGGAAGCCCAUUUCCAGCGCCGGGGGAAGACUGGGCAGCGGGCCGGGCCGCAUCGGGGGCGGCCAGUGCCGCAGCCAGGGUAUCAGUUAA